AUGGAUCAAAUUCAAACGGCGGCCACUUUGCCUCAUAUUGUUCAAGUUUACCAGCCCUCUGUGUCGAUUCAUCCAUCGCUUCAAACGCCACAAGGGAAGGUUACGUACCAGCAGACGAUAACAUCUGAAACUUUGCACAUACCGGUGUCGUCGCAUGUGCAACAUGAAAUCACAAGCCAGCAGAUUCUAUCACAAAAUCAAACGUUGAUGCCCUGCCAACAAAUCCACCUGCAGAAUAUGCAGCAAAUCCAGCCGCAGAUACUGCAGAACGAUAUGAGCUCGAUGCAAAUAACUUCGCACGUUAUACUGCCGCAAGUGCCAGUUUUUAAGCAGCAUGUUAUAACACAUAGUGACCAGCAAACAUACUAUGGGCACUAUGGGGCAUAUCUGAAGGAUGAGCACUGCAUCAUUACUAAAGUUGAACCUGGUGUCCAGCUAAUAACUGAGAAACAUGUAGAAUGUAAAACAGACAGUAGCCAGCAUCCAGACAAAGAUAUAACACCUAAAAAUAAAAGAGCCCGCAGCCAAGUACCAAACCCUAACAAAUGGGCAUGCAAUGUACGAAAAAUUAAGCAUCAGAAAGGUGAAGCAUACAUAAGUCGACGGGGAAACCUGAUGGUCGAGGCUUAUCCGAAGCAAGUGCACAUUCUUUGCCUUCAGAAAUUAAAGACAGAG